UACAUGACAUGCUGUUCAUCGGUGGAACACGCGCAUGGCUUCCGUGAGGUGGAAAGAAAUUGGGUCGCUGUACGUAGACCGUGGAACGAAAUAGUCUGUCGCCAGCAGCUGCAACGGCAGCCACUCCUUGAAGCACGAAAAACCCAGACAUUUCUUGUUGGUUGACACCCCACGGUUACAGCGCCGCGGGAAAGACUGGGACAUCCUUCUAGAGCGUCUUCCUAUUAGGGUUUCGGCUGGGCUGCACUCGGCCUGACCUCACGUACACUCUCGCGUGACAACAAGGCAAGAAAAACCAUGGCGCUGACUCUAUUCGGAAUUGCGCUAAUAUGUGUUCUGCACACGUCGUCUGCAAAUCAGCCGCCAAAGUUUACAAAUACGAUUGACCUCACGGUAGUUUCAGAAAACACUCCUAUAGGUACAUCAAUAUUUAGGUUGGAGGGGUUCGAUCCUGAAAAAUCUCCAGUAUAUUUCGGUAUAGAGGGAACGGACCUUUUAACCGUGGACAAGGACACGGGAGUCGUCACUGUUAGAGAAAACAUCGAUCGUGAGAAAACCGAGACAAUAAGAUUCUCAGUAACCCUGCAGGACAUCGUCGGUGGGAACCACGACAACAAUAUGGUGAAAGUUCCCGUGAGCGUGAUUGUCCUUGACGUGAAUGACAAUGCCCCCAGGUUUGAGAACCAACCGUACGAAGUGAAACUAAGCGAGGAUGCGUUACCAGGACACACUGUCUUGACCGACAUUAGAGUGUCCGACGUUGACGCUGCCGGAAGCGUGCUACAAGUUCACUGCGAGUCGAACCAUCAGUCACCAGACUCUUGCGACAAUUUUGCUGUCUCCAUACUGGAAUCCAGUCCACAGCGUCUGCGUUCUGCAUUGAUACUGAGGAAGCCUGUGGAUUAUACGGAGAAACCGGUGCACGAAGUACAGUUAGUUGCGAAUGAUGGUCUGUUUAACACUACGGCUGUGGCUAUUGUCAAAGUGAUGGACGUUCAAAAUCGACCUCCCGUCUUCGUCGGACCAACAGCAGCCAUUGUGAGAGAAGACGUUCCUGUGGGAACGCUCGUACUCGUGGUAAAAGCUGUGGACGGAGAUCACGGAGUUUCACGAGCUGUACAGUACGCUCUGGUUUCCAAUCCCGAACAAUUUUUCGUAAUUAAUAAGUACACGGGAGAUAUAACAACAGCAAGACCACUUGACAGGGAAGUGCUGGGGUCUCCAAACGGAGUUGUCACAGUUACAGUGAAGGCAUCCGAAGUAGAAGGCGGCGAGGUACAGAAUGAUACAGACUCACAAACGGUAACAACAGUUGAAAUAACCAUCAGGGACGUCAACGAUGAACCGCCGACAUUUAGCCAGCCAAGCUACACUGUUAACGUCAACGAGAAUAUUCCCAACGGAAGUCCAUUGCCGAACCUCGACAUCUUCGUUCAGGACACGGACGCAGGCUCAAAUUCUGUCUUUAAUAUUGGACUCGUAGAUGCAUCUGGAAUGUUCACCGUUGAACCGACUAUAGCUACAGGGUCCACGUCUGUCAGUAUUCGAAUUGUUCGAGGGCCUUUGGAUUUUGAAAAUCCAAACCAUCGCAAAUUCAUCCUCCUGGUUGCCGCCGAGGAGGCAUUCACCAGCCCCAAGCUGUCAAGCACUGCCACUGUCACCGUGAAUGUAAUCGACGUGAACGAUAAUCCGCCCGUGUUUGACCGUGACAGCUAUUCAGCGGUGGUUGCCGAAGAUGCUCCACCGGGCAGCGUCGUCACCACGAUUGUUGCGUCCGACAGAGACAGCGGAGCGUACGGCGAAGCUGGACUCGUGUACUCGUUGCUUGGAAAUGGUGCAGAAAAGUUCUUCGUCAGUCCAUCAUCUGGAGUCGUCACCGUAGCUCCAUGUGAAACCCCAGGCAACGGCAACUGUCUCGACUUUGAAACCCGGUCGUCCUAUUUCUUGUCCUAUCAAGCGACAGAUGACAACGGGAAAGGCCAUACUGUAGUUGUACCACUUACUAUCACCUUGUCUGAUUCCAAUGAUAACCCUCCUGUCUUUGAACAAAAAGUUUACGCUGCUGCAAUUGACGAAGGAGACGUCAGGUUCGACGUACCCUUGAAAGUGCAGGCAAAAGACGCUGACGUUACAUCUUUCGUGAAAUAUAGCCUCGUGUCGGGCAACGGCUACAAUCUCUUCAGCAUAAACCCGCAAUCUGGGGAAAUAACUGUAAGCAGUCGAAGUGGACUCGACGUGUCGCUCCUCAAGACUGACGUGAUUAAGCUCAUCGUACAAGCGUCAGAUGGUGGUACAGGUAUCGACACAGCGGAGGUACAAAUCACUGUGAGGGAUGCAAACAAUAACAGUCCCAUUUUCCAAAGGCGCGAAUACUAUGCGUCGGUUGCCGAAGUGUCCCCUCCUGGCACUCUCGUGGAACAAGUAUCAGCCACAGAUGCAGACACGGGCGUCAAUGCGUUAAUAACGUAUCGCAUUCAGAAGGGAGCAUUCGAUGACUUCGUCAUUGACGGUUCCACUGGUGUUGUGUCGUUAUCACCAAACAGCAAGCUGGACUACGACAGGAGAAAACAUUACGUCAUGGAGAUAAUCGGGGUCGACAGCGGCGUCCCAGAAAAGACAGGCACAGCAACAUUAAGUGUGAACAUCCUAAACAGCAACGAUAAGAUGCCUUAUUUUCAACCAACAACUCAGCGUGCGCAAGUGUUUGAAGGCGCCGAUAUCGGUAAUACAUUUUACAAACUCAUCGCGAAAGACCCGGAUGCAAGCUCCGAGGAGUAUCUGAAAUACAGCAUUAUGGAACCAAUCACUGCAAUCGCUAAAGACGGUAGAAGCGUGAACGCAUCUGUCCAGGCUUACAAGGGCUUCUUCGGAAUUAACUCCGACACUGGCGAGAUCAGCGUGUCUUCGCCCAUAAACCGUGACAUAGCCGCGGUGGUUACUUUGAGUACGGUUGUCACGGAUGUGAGCGCCGUUCCAUAUCAAACGGGAAUAGGAACGCUCGUGGUAACUAUCGUGGAUUUAAACGAUUUUCCUCCAUCGUUUCCACCACCUUGGAGUCCCUCCCACCCAGAACUGCAUAUCACUGUUAUGGAAGAACAGCCUGUUGGAAGCAUUGUGGCAUCCUUUGUAGCCACUGAUCCAGAUUCAAAUAUCGCUAGUUAUACCAUUGAACCCGAGAGUCCAUACUUCUCUGUCGACAAGCACUCAGGUGUAGUUACCAUCAAAAGCAGAGUGGACUACGAAAAAGUCCAAGACCACGUUUUCUCCGUCGUUGUAAGAGACACUGGAAUCCCACAACUGUCUGCCAUCGCGCGCGUCACAGCAACUAUUAUCAAUAUAAAUGAUAACGACCCCAUCUUUAUCGAGAAGUCAUACCAUGCCAAAGUCCAAGAGAAUGCGCCACAAGGAACAUUCGUGACCCAAGUCAAGGCAAACGACAUAGAUACUGGAGAAUUUGGUGUGGUUUCGUAUUCUCUGCUUGGAGAACGAAGUCCUGACUUCAGUGUUGACGACCGAGGUGAAAUAAGAGUGGCCGGAUCAGCCAACCUUGAUCGGGAACUGACGAUGUCGAUUACGCUUCAAGUUGUUGCUACCGAUAUGGGACAGGAUGUGUCGACACGAAGAUCAGUUUCAGUCCCGGUAUAUCUUACGCUACUCGAUGACAACGACAGCCCUCCCGUGUUUUCCAAGAAAACGUACGAGGCUUCAUUUGUGGCGAACAGCCCGCUGGAAUCUGCGCACAGCAUUGUACAAGUAUCAGCUACAGAUGCAGACGAAGGAAUAAACGCGGCCAUUCGCUACUCCAUACUGGCAGGAAAUGAGCACGGACAAUUCGCGGUCAAUCCGAAAACGGGAGUGGUUUAUCCUGUCACUGCGCUGGACGGACAUAAGAAAGAAUACCGCCUGAGCCUCGAAGCACGUGAUGGUGACGGAGAAGGUCCAAACACGGACACCUGUGUCAUUGUCAUCAGGCUCAUCGAAAUAAACCUCGACAAGCCUCACUUCAUAACACCUGCUCUUCCAAAUGCCACGGUGGAAAUCCUAGAAAAUCAAACGGGUUCCAACGUCCCCAUAUUAACGGUUGCGGCCGUGGACAGUGACCGUGGAGAUAAUGGUAGAUUGUCGUACUUCUUCAAACUUGGAGACCGAAACGUAAAGGAAACUGACGAGUUCGUAAUCGACGCCGUCACCGGGGAAAUAAAAAUGAAAGUAGGCCUAGACAGGGAGACGAGACCCAGAUAUGAGCUCGUGCUGGUGGCACGUGACCACGGGUCUCCGAGUCAGUUCGAAACGUUGCGCUUCUUGACGGUGGUGCUCAAAGACAUAGACGACAACGUACCAUUAUUCCCCAGGACGCCGUCGACCACUCCCUACGUAUUCCAUGUAAAGGAGAAUCUCAACACGGGAUUUCAUGUGGGCCAGGUCACUGCCGUGGACAAUGACGUUGGCGAAAACGCUAUGGUCUACUAUUACAUCAUUGAUGGAAACUGGCAUAACAACUUCGUCAUCGACAAGCUCCACGGCAUCAUCUACUCGAAUACUUCAUUUGACCGUGAAGAAAAAAACACGUACGAGAUGGUUGUCAAAGCGACUAGCAACCCUGAUUAUAUGGUCUACAACCGGCAAGACGACGGCCUACUCCCCAGCAUGAGGACGUACAGCGAGUCCGACAGGACGGUAGCCCUUGUGCAUGUCAUAGUGGACGAUGUCAACGACAAUCCACCAGUAUUCGUCAAUGCUCCCUAUUACUCAGGUCUUCGAUUCACCGCUGUCGAGGGCGAUACUGUUUUCACGGUGAAAGCAGUAGAUGCGGACGAACACCGCAAGAACGACACGUCAGUGGAGUACCGCGUCGAAUACGUGACAUUAUUCUUGCCCGGUGCGAAGGGUGGAAUUCGUCCUAUCCCGGCUUCGUUCAAUAUAUCGCAAGAUGGUCGAGUAUGCGCGACACACCCCAUGGCACAAUACAGUCAGGCUCGUUUCGUAAUCGCUCUGGAAGCCAAGGAAACGGAGCCUCCUCACAGAGCAGCGCACACCGCACUGAAGGUUUGGGUGUACGAACCUGAUCAGUUAGUGAGGGUUGUCAUUGCACAACCACCGCAAGAUGUCUACACCGAGCAGAGAGAAGUCGCAGCACUGCUGUCAAAUGCAACCGGAGGAACUGUCGUUAUUGACAACCUAAAGUACCACGUCAGUGACAAAGGAAAACUAAUGAAGACCUGGACGGACCUCUACAUACACGUGUUGGACGAGAACGACAAGGUCAUUCAGACUCCCAAAGUGCUGGAGGCUGUGGACUCCAACUCUAAGCUCGUGAAAUUUCAGAAUCCGGAGCUGCAGAUUCACAACAUACUGCCUGCUCAUAGUGGCGUGACAAAAGAAGAAUUCGACCUCGCCUUAGCUGUUCUCAUUGCGAUGCUCGUGGUCAUUUUCAUCGGAGUAAUUACCAUGAUGGUGUGCUGCAGGUGCUUGCGUUCGUGGUACGCUUUAAAAGUAAAAGAGGCAUUUGUACGCCAGGAUGAUGUACAGCCCGUUACGACAACCGAAAAUCCACUGUGGACAGAGCAGAAGCUCAAGAUUUACGAAGAGCAGGAACUCAGCAUGAGUGUUGCACCGGACAACAUCGUAACAACGGAAGCCGACAUCGCGGCUUUCAACUUUAACGACGAUACGAACAGCGCACUGUAUGCUACACUACGCAGAAGUAGCAUUGGCUGCGCUACAACGGAUCCGAGGAAUGACUACGCCACAUUGAAUGGCCAGCAGUCCAACAGCAACGCUAUGAAACGUCAAAGGACACCAGACCCCAUAGAAAAUCACGAGUACCACGAACUGCGUCACAACAAUGCACAGCCGUCUGGAGACACAACACCAUUCAGCACGUUUCGACCACCAGAUCGAUCUUCAAAGGCUGCCAAGAACAGUCCGUCCCACCAGCGAAACACCAGUGGUGAUAAUGAGCCAGUUCUAAUAGCCGAACUCUUGUAGCGACGGGUUACGGUAAAGUGUGCCAAAAAUGACAGUAACUCGAUUCGCUUCCGGCCCCCUUUCCCCCCUCAGUUCAACGCAGUUCAGGUGGAAAAGACAUAGAGUCUCCAUAGGAAGACAUGCUCUUGAGCGGUUGAUGAACGCCUUCGUUGUGAAGAGAAACUUCAGCGCUUCGUUGUUGAGCGCUUAACGCAUGAAGAGGUAUUCUAUUAGCAUAUUUAUUUUGCUUAGCAAUGUACAUAUCAAGACGCCUCAAGGAGGACUCCAGCAAGAAUAACCGGGGGGCGUGACAACGCCGCCGAACUGCAAGAUGCCUGGGUUUUAAUAAUAAACGGUGAUGAUGUGGAGUCAGA